UAAACCUUUACUUUGUAAAAAAUGCAAUGCUGUGUAUAAUACAUUAAAUCCAAUGUCAAUCUUUGUUUAUUUUAUUUAAUUUUAAAAAUACGUCAUAGUUUAGUGUAUAUUUUUGAUGUGAAUCUAUUAUAUUAUUCAUACAAACCGUCAUCGUUAAAAAUUUGGUAUAAGCAAAAACUUAACCUUAAAUUGCAAAAACUGUAAAUAAAUAAAAAAAAAACAGACUUGGAAAAAUUAAUUCAGUGAGAGAGAGAAAUUAAUUUAUGUUAUAUAAAAUUAUAUAAAAAUGGCAGAAUCAAAUACAACUCUUAAAGUUGAUUACAAUGAACCAACGUCACCAGAUAUUUUUUGUGAAUUUGAAUCGCCAAACCACGAUGAAGAAGUAGAAACGAAUUCCAUUCCUCUUGAAAGUGAGCCAGACGUAGUUGAUGAUACUCCAGAAUGGAAAGGUGUCAGUAUGGAUAAAAUCCAUAAAGGUUUAGGUCCUUUUGGUCAUCAACAACAUCUUCCUAUUCGGCCAUCUGAACAUCAUACAGUUUUAUUUCAAGUACCGAUACCUAUCAAGGGAUAUCCAAAACCAUAUCCAAAUCAAAAUGUUGACAAAUGGGGCAAGGAUUUUGUACGAAUGCCAACUUCUCCACAAUGUUUUUACCCUAUAGAAGAAGAAAAUAAACCGAAAAAGCUUCUGAUUCGUUGGGAAGUUAUUCAACAAGUGUUAUCACGUAGUAUUAUGUCCAGUUUACAGCUAGAAGCUGCUAUUAUGUCUUAUAAUAAUAAGUAUAUCUCAAAAUGGAAUUUCAGUGCAUUACAUAAUUUUUUCACAAACGUGAUGGACGAAGAGAACAUAAAUAUUUUUUUUGAUAAGUUACUACCUAAAAUAAUCCGAUUGGCGCUUGAUUUGCCAUCACAUGUAACUGGACCUAUUCCAUUAUUGAAGCAUCAUACGAACUCGUCAAUAAGUUUUAGUCAAUUACAGAUUGCUUCUUUAUUAGCGAAUGCAUUUUUUUGUACGUUUCCACGACGAAAUUCCAGAAAUCCAGAAUCGGAAUAUGCGUUAUAUCCUUAUAUAAAUUUUAAUGGUUUAUUUUCAGCUUAUCGAGAAAAUAAACCGAACAGAUCAGCUAGUGUAACAGAAAAAUUAAAAUGUUUAUUUCACUACUUUCGUAGAGUGACAAGUUCAACUCCUGAAGGUACAAUUACAAUUGAAAGACGUUACAUUCCGAAGGAAGAUUGUCCAACAUGGGAUACCAAAAAUGAGCAAUUACCACCAUUACAUAUUACGAGCAAAGGAACCAUUGAAACUGAAGGAGCCGGACUUCUUCAAGUUGACUUUGCUAACAAAUACAUUGGUGGUGGUGUAUUGUACUGGGGCUGUGUUCAAGAAGAGAUUCGUUUUGUCAUUUGUCCAGAACUCAUUGCAACAAUGCUUGUAACAGAAGUUUUAGAUGAUACUGAAGCUUUAAUAAUUACUGGAGUUGAACGCUAUAGUACCUAUGAAGGAUAUAGUAAUAGUUUUAAAUGGACAGGCAACUUUGUUGAUGAAACACCAAGAGACAGCAGUGGUAGACGUAAAACAUCGAUCGUAGCAAUUGAUGCACUGCGUUUCAGUAAACCAGAUAAACAAUUUGAAAUGAUAAACAUUAUCCGAGAACUUAAUAAGGCAUAUGUGGGUUUUAGUUCAUCUCAAAUGCCCAAAAAUGAUUUAUCAGCAGUUGCAACUGGAAAUUGGGGUUGUGGGGCUUUUAGAGGUAACCCGAAACUUAAAGUGCUGAUACAAUUAAUGGCUGCAGCUGUUGCUGGACGAUCACUAGUUUAUUUUACAUUUGGUGAUAAGAAUUUAAGAGAUAGUGUAGCUGAUAUGUAUUGGCAUUUAAUCAACCAAAAUGUUGAUGUUGGUUGGCUAUACACAUUGUUACGAGCAUAUGAAAGUGAAUCAACAACAAAUCAUCUGGAUUUUUACCGUUUCUUGUAUAAAAGGUCUAAAAUAAAAAGAUUAACUGAUUAUUUCCCUACACUACCAAAACAGCAAGAAAAUACUGCCACAUUGGAGAGAAGAAAUAAUGUAUUAAAAAGAGACAAUAAACAUUUGAGCAUGCCAAAAUAUGAACCUGUUGUUCACCGGAGCCAUUCUGAAAUACAAAAAACUAUGCUAAAUCAUCAAGAGGAUCAAGAAUUAAUACAAAAAUUGUUCAAUAAUUGUACAGACAUAAGUAGUGAUACUGUGAAAGAGAAGAAAAUAAAGAGUACAAACGUCACAGUAAAAAAGAAAACUUCUCUUUGGGAAAUUUUUGCAGAAAAAGAAUCUGAACAAGAUAGAAUGGCUGUUAGACCGUCAGAAAAACAAUCAACAGAUCUUCAAACAUUUGACACAUCAAUGAAAAUUCUUGAUUGUACUCAAAAUUCUAAUACCGAUGAUAAUAAAACAGAUAUGAUUUCAAAAUCAUCGGAUAUGGAGUCAAUAAAUUCUGAUCAGGUUAAUAAUGAAGUUGAAAUAAAUCUGUCAGCUCCAACAAAAUUGACUGAUAAACUAACAAAAAUUGAUUAUGAUAAGGACAAAGCUAACUUAUCAAUAAAUUAUAAAAAAUUACCCUCUCAAAUGCUUAAUAGACAAAAGGGAGGCCAAAAAAAAAUUAAUGAUUAUUUUACUUCUUCAAAAUUUAGCUCAAUAUAAUGUUUUUCUUGGAAAAUAGCAAAGAUUGUUAAUACUAAGAUUAUUUAAAAAAAAUUUCAUUAUGAUAAAAAAGUUUUAUACAAUCAUUUUUUAUUUUUAUUCGCAAGAAUCCAAGGAUGUCUCAUAACAGCUGGUAACGGAAUUCUUUCAGCGCUUUCUUUCCUGAUUAACUGUACAGAAAUAAUUAUCAGUAUUGUAAAAUAUA